AGUGAUAUUGUCUAAAUGUUUUGGCAACACUGAACUAGUGAUUGGUAUUUUAAUGUUUUUAAUAAAGAAAAUUUUUAACUCUCCUUCGAAGAAUAGCAAGGAAAAUAAAUGCGCACAAGGUUUUUUAGAAACAGAUGCGCUCCCUGUGGAGGAUACUAAUUCACAUCUAAUACUUGAUAGAAAUACAUCACAACAACCUGAUAUAAGUAACUCUAUUUCCUUUCCGUCAGAAGUUAAUGAUGUCUCAUUUAACUCUGAAAAUAAUACAAUGAACUUAAACAAUGUCAACCAACAAGUGGUGGUUCAGUUUUCAAACAUUAAUGGAUUACAGAUAGGCUCCACCUAUAAUAUAAAUAAAAAUAUUUAUAAACCGGUGAAUAAAUAUGAACAACUUGUAAAAUCUAAAAAUAAAGAAAAACACAAAUUUCCGAAAACAAUUACGAUAGAUGCAAUGAUGAAAUCUCAAGAGGAACCUGAUAGAGAAAUACUAAAUGAAAUAUCAACCCACUUAGGAAGCCAUUAUAAAGACUUCAUGCGCGAGUUAGGAUUUUCUGAAGGACAAAUAUCAGCAAAAACUAUUGAUCAUAAUGUGUACGGAUUAAAAGAGGUUAUUUAUCAACUUUUGUUAGACUGGUUACGGAACGCUGACGGGGAGGGAACUGUUGGAUACCUUGUAACUAAGCUUUGGAAUUCUGGUCAUCGCGAAUGCGUUUAUCGGCUUAAAUCGAUAUGGAAGUCAAAAGUUCGAACGAAUGAUGCCGUCAACUAAACAGCAACGUGUUUUACUUUUAUUAUAUAAUUUUUGUUCGUUCUGUUAAUUAACAGUAGAGUGUAGGACAAAAAUUUUUUAGGAAUACAGUAGUUUUGACUUACGUGCCUUUCACUUAAGAGCAUUUUGCUUAUAAGUGCACAACACUUGUGUUUUGUAUAUUUAUUUAUCAAACUCCAUACAAAUUGGUUAAUUUAAGUGCAUUGUUCAUACCUGCACAUUUAAGAUAAGUGCUUAGGAAGCUAUAAUUGGUUUUCAUGAAAAAAAUUUCAUUUAGCUGCUUAAUAUAAAAUUAAAUCAAAACAAAAUAAGAAAAAUACGAUUUUGAAUAAAAAAUUGUGUUGUAAACUUUUUAAUAAUAUUAAAUUUGUCGUUAUUUUUAAAGGGAAACAUCACAAAACUUCAUGUAAAUUAUUUGCCGUUAGCUGCUUUUUUGGGCAGUAAACUUAAAUGCACUUACCAGCAUCAAGGACCAGUUAAGUUAACUGAUGUUAACUGCACUUUUAAUUUACCUGCACAAAAUAUCGUGCAAAGUUGGUUGUGCAGGUAAGUCAAAAUUACUGUACCACUUAAACAACGAUGGGCAAAAGUUUGCAAAUUAUAAUUAUGUAAUUUCUUGCAGCCAUUUAAUGAAACUUUUUAUUUUGACAAAUUGUACUUUUCUGAUUCUUCCUUCUUCUUCCAUCAAUACGAAUCGUUUGAGUUGUAUUUCUACAUCAGAUUCCCAAAAAAGUAUUCUAAUAAGAAGUGGACGCGCUAAUAUAAAUAUAAUGUUUGAUAUUUUCAGAGUAUAUAACCUAUCGUUGUAACCCUGGAAACAAAUUAGGAAGUAGUAUUAAAAUCACAUGUUCAUUUCAUACCAAGUAUCUUUACUUUUGUUAACACUUUAGUCAGUUAUGAUUUCAAAUAUUUUAGCAGUUAGUUAAAAAGGUGUUAAAAUACUUUUAUAAUUUAUAAGACAUAUUGAAUGAUUUGGUUCUAAAUACAAUCUUUCAUAACAUAUAAUAAUACUUAAAAGUUACAAAAAUUUCAGCAAUUUGAAUCAGGUUGUGUUUCUGCAAUGAUGCUCUGUUUUGCUGGGAAAUUACAAGAUUAUCAGAACGAACGAUUGAGCUAUAAAACAUAUUAUUAUUAUUAACUUCAAACUAUAUCGAUUUAUAUUUUGAAAUUGAAAUUCCUUAAAAUAUACUUUUCAAUACAAAA